UGCAUCCCCAAAUCCUCACACUUUUGCUCUCUUGCAGUCAGUUGCUUUGCUGGCUUCUGCAGGCUUUUAAGGUCUCGCGGCGUAGAAAUGCCUGGCCCCCACCCCCUUCCUCGGUCUCCCCUUUCAAUUCAGAUGUGCUGAUGUGCAGACCGGAUUCAUCUUCUCGGAGAGGCGGCGGCGGCUUUGGGCUCAGGCGGCGGCGGCUCGCGCUCGGCCGCGGAGUCCUGGCAGCAGCGGGGACGCGGCGCGGGAGCCCGAGCACUGGUGGCAGCUGAACCCGCGGGGCGCCGCUGGCCGAGCCGCGGCCGCGGGAAGUUCGGCAGCCAGAAGAACGAUCUGGCAGGCUACGAGCGCCAGCGCCGCCAGAGCCGAGUUUGCCUGCGCCCUCCCCGCCUCCGAAUGCCGAGUUCCUUACCUGCCCUCCGCCCACCCGCGGGCCCCUAGCCAACUUCUCCCUGCGACUGGGGGUAACAGGCAGUGCUUGCCCUCUCUACUGUCCCGGCGGCAUCCACAUGUUUCCGGACACCUGAGCACCCCGGUCCCGCCGAGGAGCCUCCCGGUGGGGAGAAGAGCACCGGUGCCCCAGCCCCGCACAUCAGCGCGGACCGCGGCUGCCUAACCUCCGGGUCCCGUCCCCUCCUUUUCCUCCGGGGGAGGAGGAUGGGGUUGGAAAAGCUUUCCCUGAGGAUGCUCGUGUGGCUGGUGGCCUCGGGGAUUGUUUUCUACGGGGAGCUAUGGGUCUGCGCUGGCCUCGAUUAUGAUUACACUUUUGAUGGGAACGAAGAGGAUAAAACAGAGACUAUAGAUUACAAGGACCCGUGUAAAGCCGCUGUAUUUUGGGGCGAUAUUGCCUUAGAUGAUGAAGACUUAAAUAUCUUUCAAAUAGAUAGGACAAUUGACCUUACGCAGAAUCCCUUUGGAAACCUUGGACAUACCACAGGUGGACUUGGAGACCAUGCUAUGUCAAAGAAGCGAGGGGCCCUCUACCAACUUAUAGACAGGAUAAGAAGAAUUGGCUUUGGCUUGGAGCAAAACAACACAGUUAAGGGUAAAGUACCUCUACAAUUCUCAGGGCAAAAUGAGAAAAAUCGAGUUCCCAGAGCCGCUACAUCAAGAACGGAAAGAAUAUGGCCUGGAGGUGUUAUUCCUUAUGUUAUAGGAGGCAACUUCACUGGCAGCCAGAGAGCCAUGUUCAAGCAGGCCAUGAGACACUGGGAAAAGCACACAUGUGUGACUUUCAUAGAAAGAAGUGAUGAGGAAAGUUAUAUUGUAUUCACCUAUAGGCCUUGUGGAUGCUGCUCCUAUGUAGGUCGGCGGGGAAAUGGACCUCAGGCAAUCUCUAUCGGCAAGAACUGUGAUAAAUUUGGAAUUGUUGUUCAUGAAUUGGGCCACGUGAUAGGCUUUUGGCAUGAACAUACACGACCAGAUCGAGAUAACCAUGUAACUAUCAUUAGAGAAAACAUCCAGCCAGGUCAAGAGUACAAUUUUCUGAAGAUGGAGCCUGGAGAAGUAAACUCACUUGGAGAAAGAUAUGAUUUUGACAGUAUCAUGCACUAUGCCAGGAACACCUUCUCAAGGGGGAUGUUUCUGGAUACCAUUCUCCCCUCCCGUGAUGAUAAUGGCAUACGUCCUGCAAUUGGUCAGCGAACCCGUCUAAGCAAAGGAGAUAUCGCACAGGCAAGAAAGCUGUAUAGAUGUCCAGCAUGUGGAGAAACCCUACAAGAAUCCAAUGGCAACCUUUCCUCUCCAGGAUUUCCCAAUGGCUACCCUUCUUACACACACUGCAUCUGGAGAGUUUCUGUGACCCCAGGGGAGAAGAUUGUUUUAAAUUUUACAACGAUGGAUCUUUACAAGAGUAGUUUGUGCUGGUAUGACUACAUUGAAGUAAGAGAUGGGUACUGGAGAAAAUCACCUCUCCUUGGUAGAUUCUGUGGGGACAAAGUGCCUGAAGUUCUUACUUCUACAGACAGCAGAAUGUGGAUUGAGUUUCGUAGCAGCAGUAAUUGGGUAGGAAAAGGCUUUGCAGCUGUCUAUGAAGCGAUCUGUGGAGGUGAGAUACGUAAAAAUGAAGGACAGAUUCAGUCUCCUAAUUAUCCUGAUGACUAUCGCCCGAUGAAAGAAUGUGUAUGGAAAAUAACAGUGUCUGAGAGCUACCACGUCGGGCUGACCUUUCAGUCCUUUGAGCAGGAGCACCAGGAGAAUCCAGGCAUUGCCAGUAAACCCAGAGAAUCUCUCAUCCUCAUCGGCAAGCCUAUUGAAAGGCAUGACAACUGUGCUUAUGACUACCUGGAAGUUAGAGAUGGAACCAGUGAAAAUAGCCCUUUGAUAGGGCGUUUCUGUGGUUAUGACAAACCUGAAGAUAUAAGAUCUACCUCCAAUACUUUGUGGAUGAAGUUUGUUUCUGAUGGAACUGUAAACAAAGCAGGGUUUGCUGCUAACUUUUUUAAAGAGGAAGACGAGUGUGCCAAACCUGACCGUGGAGGCUGUGAGCAGCGAUGUCUGAACACCCUGGGCAGUUACCAGUGCACCUGUGAGCCUGGCUAUGAGCUGGGCCCAGACAGGAGGAGCUGUGAAGCCGCGUGUGGUGGACUUCUUACCAAACUUAACGGCACCAUAACCACCCCCGGCUGGCCCAAGGAGUAUCCUCCUAAUAAGAACUGUGUGUGGCAAGUGGUUGCACCAACCCAGUACAGAAUUUCUGUGAAGUUUGAGUUUUUUGAAUUGGAAGGCAAUGAAGUUUGCAAAUAUGAUUAUGUGGAGAUCUGGAGUGGUCUUUCCUCUGAGUCUAAAUUGCAUGGCAAAUUCUGUGGCGCUGAAGUGCCUGAAGUGAUCACAUCCCAGUUCAACAAUAUGAGAAUCGAAUUCAAAUCUGACAAUACUGUGUCCAAGAAGGGCUUCAAAGCACAUUUUUUCUCAGACAAAGACGAAUGCUCUAAGGAUAAUGGUGGAUGUCAGCACGAAUGUGUCAACACGAUGGGGAGCUACAUGUGUCAGUGCCGUAAUGGAUUUGUGCUGCAUGAAAAUAAACAUGAUUGCAAAGAAGCUGAGUGUGAACAGAAGAUCCACAGUCCAAGUGGCCUCAUCACCAGUCCCAACUGGCCAGACAAGUACCCAAGCAGGAAAGAAUGCACUUGGGAGAUCAGCGCCACUCCCGGCCACCGAGUCAAAUUAGCCUUUAGUGAAUUUGAGAUUGAGCAGCAUCAAGAAUGUGCUUAUGACCACUUAGAAGUAUUUGAUGGAGAAACAGAAAAGUCACCAAUUCUUGGACGACUAUGUGGCAACAAGAUACCAGAUCCCCUUGUGGCUACUGGAAAUAAAAUGUUUGUUCGGUUUGUUUCUGAUGCAUCUGUUCAAAGAAAAGGCUUUCAAGCCACACAUUCUACAGAGUGUGGCGGCCGAUUGAAAGCAGAAUCAAAACCCAGAGAUCUGUACUCACAUGCUCAGUUUGGGGAUAACAACUACCCGGGGCAGGUUGACUGUGAAUGGCUGUUAGUAUCAGAACGGGGCUCUCGACUUGAACUAUCCUUCCAGACGUUUGAAGUGGAAGAAGAAGCAGACUGUGGCUAUGACUAUGUGGAGCUCUUUGACGGUCUCGAUUCAACAGCUGUGGGGCUUGGUCGAUUCUGUGGAUCCGGGCCCCCAGAAGAGAUUUAUUCAAUUGGAGACGCAGUUUUAAUUCAUUUCCACACUGAUGACACAAUCAACAAGAAGGGAUUUCAUAUAAGAUACAAAAGCAUAAGAUAUCCAGAUACCACACAUACCAAAAAAUAACACCAAAACCUCUGUCAGAACACAAAAGAAUGUGCAUAAUGGAGAGAAGACAUAUUUUUUUAAAAAAACUGAAGAUAGUGGCACAAAUGUUUUAUAUAAAGAGUUUGAACAAAAAAUCCCUGUAAGACCAGAAUUAUCUUUGUACUAAAAGAGAAGUUUCCAGCGAAACCCUCAUCAGCAUUACAAGGAUAUUUGAACUCCAUGCUCGAUGGUAUUAAUAAAGCUGGUGAAAGGGCAUCACGUACUUCAAGGAAGACUCUACAAGCUUUUGUUCACAGCUUGAAAUAGACGCCUCACAAUUCAGACAGUUUAAUUCAGGAGUUGUGACCCUGCAGAGUUCUUUUUGACAAUUUGUCAAGACUUAGGGACAUAAAAUGAUCUUGCAGGUCACAAACUGGAAAACACUAUUCUGGUUGUCUUAGGAUAAUUGCUGACUUUGUAUCUUGGAUAUGGUGUAAACCAGAUCCAUGUAAGGUGAUGUGAAAUGGGAGUCUUUUGAGGGUGACUUGUACUUUCCAUGUGUAUGUGUGUGUCUGGUGUUUGGAAACUGGGAUAUUUCAGCUUCAUUAUUUCCACUUGCAGGCCGGCUUAACCUCUGAAACACAAAUGAUCUUGAGACCACUUUAGUGUACUUACAUUUUGAUGAGUUUGAAAUGUCAGUGGUGUCUAUUAUUGCAGUUAAAUUCUAGACAUCAGUUCUUUGUCUCAGAAGAUGCCCAGUGAAAUGGUAAACUUAGUUCUUUUUUUUUGGAAGUGCUGCCUUUCACACCAAAUCCAAGAAGCCUGUGAUGUCUUACGAACCUUAUGAGAAAACGCCGAAGAGGUGUGAGCAGGAUUCUUCUGAAUGACUGUCUGGAUGGUUCAUUACACAAGUUACUGCUGCUGCUAUUGUCUUUCCUUUGUUGUCUAUCUGUUAUUGUUGAAGCUAUUAUUGUUGAUGUUUUCAUGGUUAAUCUAUUUUUUAAAAAAUGAAAUGAAGCAGAAGUAGGUCUUGUGAGAACUGAAAGAUCUCUUUCAUUUUUCUCUUCCUGGGAUUCAUUUUUUCAAAAUGCAAUGUUGGAAAAAAAUGUUUGUUUCUGAAAGACUUCUUAUGGUGCUAUUCCAUAAACUUUUUUUUAAACAAGUUUUUGACCUUUGAGCCAACCCACCUGUAGACUACGAAUGUCUCCCUAUGGCUGGUGGCAUUUGAAGACUAAAGACUUGUCAAAUAUAUCAAGAGUAUAUCAUUGCAAGGGCAACCCUUGUCCUGUGGAACAACUACUUAUAAUGCCUUAGAAUUCUUGCACAUGAUCAAACAGAUCCUCCUAAAACACACCUUUUGAAAUGUUGAACAUAAGAGUGUAUGUUAACUAAUAGCUCUAUGAAGAAAAUGCAUUUCCAUGACUGAAGCAUUGGAUAUAAAUAUGGUGUCCUGCUUUUUUUGUAGAAAAUGUAAUUUGAGGAUGAAUUUUCUGCUUUAAAGGCAUGUGUGUUUUUAAAAUUAAUGAAUGUAGAUGUGUGAUUGUCUGAGUGAGUGACACUACAAGAGGUAAAAAAUAAUGGGUGGUUGAAAAGUUAAAAUGUAUGUGCCAAGUUCUACUAGAAUUCCAUUUGAAAUAGCACCUUCCUUAGGUUUCAUGGACAAAUAAUGGGAACUUCUAAUUAUGAUCAAUUGCAUUAAAGAAAGGCUCUUUCCUUUAGAGAAACUCUAUUUUGAUGUCAAUAUAGAUUACUGUAUGAAGUACCUUUGUUUCUGUUACCUGUCCAUGAGCAUACAACAUUGAAUACAAUCGGGUAUAUUCUUUCAGUUUUACAAAAUUAAACUAUACACACAGAUGUAGCUUAUCUGUUUUUUUUCUUAAAUUGUUGCCCUGAAAAUAUUUCUUGCAUAUGAAUUGUAAAAUGUAAAUACAUUUUUAAAACCAACGUUUUGAUCUUAUUGAAUGUUACUUUGAAAAUGUGUAACUAUUGCCUGCAAUGUAGAUGAGCCUGUUAGUAGAGCUGAUUUAUUCCAGUAACUUCUUCCAUAUUUUCUCACUAAUCUCCAGUUAGCCAAAAUAUGCCAGGAAUGGGAAAGAGGAGAAAAAGUCAUUAACAUUAACACCUAUACUGUUCUAUACUACUCCUACCCCUGUGCUAGGAAUGUGCACUAGCUCUUUUUAAAUUCCAUGCUACACUUUGAGGGCUCUCAUCAUGUUCUCGUUUUGUAGUUCAGAAAGUGAGGCUCAAAGAAUUUAUUUAACCUUCCCAGAGUCACAGUGUAAAGUUAGAUGUUGAAAUCCAGUUUGUCUUAUAUAAGAGUCUCUGCUUGUUCUACAAAGGUAGUAGAAUCAAUCUUGACCUACAUAAAUAGUAGAUUUUUUAUGGUGAAACUUUCCCACAUAAAGUAAAUUUUAGGGGUGAAUUAGAGUAAAACUCUCAAGAUAGGCAUUUUGUUCUUUUCGAGAACAGCAUGAAACUUAGAAUAUCAAUGAUAGCUAUAUUUAAGAAUCAGAAUUAGUACUAGGAAUUUAAAAUAAACUAUAGUUUGGAGUUAGUAUGAACCUUUUGUGAAAAUAAAUAUAUUAAAUUAUUUUUCCUGAUGUGAUAGGGGAAAUGUAUUGAUCUAUAUUAAGAAAUAUUCUGGACAUUCUGAUUGAUAUGUUGUUAGGCCACGGUGAGCUAUGCUCUGCACAACUGAGAAAUUAGGUAUUUAGAAGGCAUACAGAGAUGUUGUCAUAACUAGGUCUUCAACAUGAAAAUUAAUUUUUAUUGUAUCAUAUCAGAUAUUAGUUUACCGCAUAUUAUUUUUAUAUUCAUUCAAUGUUUGCCUUAAAUGUGUUGUUAAAUGAAAAUACAGACAGCUUCAUUAUUGUGUUGUUAAUGAUUGUUACUUACUGCUCCAGGCAUUUUAUUAAAUUAAUUUUUUAAAUUAUUUUCCACCCUACAUCAGUAUAUUGGUUGUGCUUCAUAUUUGCCAAAGUCCUAACUCCCAUGUUGUCCUCUCUGACUACACAUAGAAAAAAACACUGUUCUCACUUGAUUUUAUUAAAUUAUUUUUAAAAGUCAAUUUUGAAUAUAACCGUAGUUUAUUCAGGAGAUAGUGACUUAACAUAAAUGGACAAAAUAACUUUUUAAAAGAAAUGGAUGAGAAGCAAUUGUGUUUCCGAAACCCUCAAGUAUCCCAUUCCUAUAUGGCUGGACUUUUGCUAUCUAUGAUUCAUUUUAAUAUGUCACAGUAUGAGAUUCAAAUUCUGCUUAACUUUGUUUUAAAAUAUCUUAGCCUUUUUUAGUUGGUUUGUAAUACUGCUGUAUUUUUGGUGAUAAGCUUCAAAUAUCAAAUUUUGUUCUGCCAUAUAGAAAAAUAUCUAAAAGCAUCAAAUAACUAAUUUUAUUUUUGUAAGGUUAAAAUUUAUUUUUUAAAAGAAACAUUAAAUUAUAUAUUUAUAUAGAUUUAGAAGGAGUAUAACCCUGUGUGAAAUUAUAAAUUACUGAAAACAGUUAUCAAAUAUUUGGAAACUAUUAUUUACUAAUAAGAGUAAGACUUGCCUUAUGGAAAAUUUUUGAUGCCACUUGUUAAAUCAGGUAUGGAAGGAGGAAAGCAGAAAAUAUAACUGCCUCCUAAAGAUA